AUGCAUCUCCACUGUCUGCGUGACAGCUUUCUUGGACAAUGUUUGCGCCAAUUUUGGAGGCCUUCUUGGUUGAAGUAUCCUGAAGAGGAUCUCCAAUGGCAACCAACCUUCGCAUCUAACGCCGAGAAGACAAUACUGGUCGAAUGGCACUCCGACCACGACGAAGAAAACCCCCAAAACUGGUCACAACUGAAAAAGGCCUUUAUUCUCUUAGUUAUCGGUAUCUAUAGCUUUGUUGUGUAUAUGGCUGCGCCAAUUUAUACCCCAAGUGAGGAUGCAUUCAUUGAAGAAUUCGGCGUGAACAACGCAGAAGCGUCCCUUGGCCUUGCUCUUUACGUCUUGGGAUAUGGUGCCGGCCCUCUCUUCUUCAGCCCUCUGAGUGAAAUCCCUCGCAUUGGACGAAACCUCCCCUACGUCCUCUCAUUCUUUCUCUUCUGCAUUGUCAGUAUUCCUACUGCACUGGCACCCAAUGCAAUUGGAUUUUACUUCCUGCGUUUCCUUCAAGGAUUUUUCGGAAGCCCCUGCUUGGCCACAGGAGGCGCCUCAAUAGCAGACGUGUACUCAUCCGACGUGCUCCCGCAUGCGAUGACAACAUGGGUAUUUUGUGUCUUCUGCGCUCCAGCUAUCGGCGUACUGGCAUCUGGUUUUGCGAUUCCAGUGCUUGGCUGGCGGUUCUCAAUGUGGGAGAUUUUGAUGGCCGCUGGUCCCAUUCUGGUCCUGCUUUUGUUGUUGCCCGAAACCAGCUCUGCCACAAUUCUUCACCGACGUGCUCGGCGCUUGAGAAAGACAGAGAUUGGGAGAUCCUAUAAAUAUCAGACUGCUGCGGAUAUCGCCCAAGGAGGCCUCUCUUUCUACUCGGUUGUACAAGAGUCGCUGCUUAUUCCCGCGAAGAUCACAUUUCUUGACCCGGCAAUCCUGUUUUUGAAUUGCUACACAUCUCUGACCUACGGCAUCUACUAUUCCUUCUUUGAGGCUUUCCCAAUCGUCUACCGGGGCGUAUACGGGUUCAAUCUGGGAGAGAUGGGGUUGGCAUUCCUGGCUAUUGUUGUUGGGACGUUCAUCUCAUUCGUGAUUUAUAACCUCUACAUUUACAAGAUCUUCAUCCCCAACUCUAAAGGCGGUCGAAAGCCGGAGGACGUGUUAGUUCCCGCUCUGUUCGCAUGCUUUGGACCGUCCAUUGGCCUGUUUCUUUUCGGAUGGGCUGCAAACCCAAAUGUCCAUUGGAUCGUACCGACAAUUGGAAUCGUCAUCUACCCAGCAUGCGUGUUCAUCUUGAUGCAAUGUAUCUUCCUCUAUAUUCCAGCGUGCUACCCACAAUACGCAGCCAGUGUGUUUGCUGCCACUGAUUUCACCCGGAGUGCUUUUGCGUGUGGGGCUGUCGUGUUUUCGAGGCCACUCUAUGAAAACCUAGGGGUUGGCCCUGGAUGCAGCUUGUUAGCGGGUCUAACUAUUGGAUGUGUGGUUGGGAUUUACGUACUAUAUCACUACGGAGAGGCCUUGCGGCUCAGAUCGAAGUUUGUACCUAAAAACUAA